GGACACUCUGGAUAGGCACCCAAUUCGAUCGAAUAAUUAAGGGACUUCUCUGUUCUGAUUAUGCCUGGCACUGCUAUGAUCGCUUAGUGAUUAUUGAUCUUAAGGCAUUUCCUACCCUCCUUCCCAGUGAAGAGCCCCGCAAGAGGCUCUGCUGCUACCAGGCUUCGCUCCUACGCAACAACCUCAAGUUUCGUGCGCUCUGGCCGGUCUUGUUUGUCUCGUUCAUGCCUUGAAUAAUACGGAUUUCAGCUUACAAAGCUUAUAUCAAACGGUUUGACGCACUAUUUCUGCCUCCAAAAUUUCGCUUGUGCCAGCUGUUGCGAUCAUACCCACCGCAUACGAACCGGGUCUACCUGAGGCUGCCCCAAGUACAGCAAAAUAAAAUUGGAAUAAUACCAUUACAAGCAAUGGGCAACGAAUCUGCACAUACGAAUGGAAGUGGCGGUGGCAACACUCCUACAGCGGACGUUCUCAAUGUCUCCACAACACAAGUUCGCCCCGGCGGUGCACCCGCAAGAGUGUACUUGAAUGAGAAAGUCGUACCGUAUUUGCUGGAGGGCAUGAAGACCAUUACGAAUGAACAACCUUCCAACCCUCUCCGUGUCCUGGGCGAGUUCUUGAUCCAGAAGAGCAACGAGGUCGAAGGUGGCGCGAGCAGCUCGAAUAAGUCUCUGAACUAAACAAGAGUCUGUUUCUUGUCAAGGUGUACAGAAGGAAGUCACAUAAUAGUGAGCCGUCUAUAUACUUUGAUUCUCGAAUCGUUCUCCUCAACUUCUCUCUUCGUCUGAAAUAAUUAAUAGACUGGGACGAUUCACGAAAACUGACCAUGUAUCAUUGAUAUCGCGAAUUAUCCUUGUCAUGGUCAGGAGACAUGCCUGCAUAUACUGGCUGUGGAUGUUGAGCUGCAAGUAGGAGGAAUAGUGACAGCUGAACGAUUUGUGUCUGUAAGUCACUGCCUACAAAGGUGAUGUUCAGCAACCAGGCCAAUAAAAGGUAAUGUGAUUGCACUUCUGCCAAUACACUUUGGUAUGUGCAAAAUUAUCAAGCAGAAGGAGCAAGCACAAGUUAGA